AUGUUGUCCCUCAUCGACCAGCUCCUCCCGGCCCUCCAGGAGAGCCUGGCCGAGCACCCCUUGCAGACGCUGCUGGCCGCGUUCGUCCUCACCCUCGUCUCAUAUGUCGUCGUCAACGAGGUCGUCCGCUACCAGGCCCGAGUGCCCGGCAUGUCGGGCCCGCCGGGGCUCCCGCUCAUCGGCAACCUGUGGUCCAUCCGGUCGAACGCUGCGGCGCAGUACCGCGAGUGGUCGAGGCGGUAUGGCGAUGUGUACCAGGUGCAGAUGGGGAAUGUGCCCGUCGUCGUUGUGAACAGCGCCAAGGCGACGAAGCACCUCUGGGUUGGACAGAGCCAGGCGCUGAGCUCGAGGCCUGUUACUUAUACGUUUCACAAGGUGGCGUCCAGCACAGCUGGCCUGACCAUCGGCACGUCGCCAUACGACGACUCGCUCAAGCGCCGCAAGAAGGGCGUCGCCGUCGCCGUCAACCGGCCCGCCAUCGCCAGCUACGUGCCCUACCUCGACAUCGAGUCCCGGACCUUCGUCCGCGACCUCCUCGUGUGCGGGGAGGCGGGCAAGAAGCCCAUCGACCCGCUGCCCUUCAUCCAGCGGCUGUCGCUCAGCCUCGCCGUGACCAUCAACUGGGGGGUCCGCAUCCCGACGGUCGAGGACCCCAUGUUCCGCGAGAUCGUCGCCGUCGAGGAGGAGCUCAACCGCUUCCGCAGCACCACGGGGAACCUGCAGGACUACAUCCCGCUGCUGCGCCUCAACCCGGUCAACGCGGCGAGCGCGCUGGCCCGCGAGAUGCGCGACCGCCGCGACGCCUACCUGCACCGCUUCAACUCGGACCUCAAGGCCGAGGUGGAGAAGGGGACCAACAGGCCGUGCAUCCAGGCCAGCGUCAUCACGUACAAGGAGGCCGCGCUCACGGAGACGGAGCUCACCUCCAUCAGCCUCAGCAUGCUGGGCGGCGGCUUCGAGACCGUCAGCACGACGGUGCAGUGGAGCAUGGGGUAUUUCGCGCAGCACCCGGACAUCCAGGACAGGGCGUUCGCCGCCAUUAGGGAGUUCCAGGGAUUGCAGAGUGAGGCGGCGGAUGGCGGCGUGGACCCGCUGCCUGACGCGGCUGACGAGCAGAAGUGUGCGUAUAUCAAUGCGCUGGCGAGGGAGGCGCUGCGGUAUUUCACCGUGAUCCCGCUUAACCUCCCGCGUGAAAGUAUACGGGAUGUUGAGUACGAGGGGAUGAGGAUACCGAAGGGCACGACGGUUUACAUGAAUGCCUGGGCGUGUAACUACGAUCCAGAACUAUGGGAAGACCCGGACGUCUUCCGGCCGGAGCGCUGGCUCGAGAAGCCGGACGCGCCGCUCUUCACCUUUGGCCUGGGGUACAGGAUGUGCGCCGGCCACCUCCUGGCCGCGAGGGAGGUGUACCUCAUCUUCAUGCGGCUGCUGGCGAGCUUCAGGCUCGAGCGGCCGCCCGGCGCCGCCGCGGCCGACGUCGACCCGGCGAGCGGGUUCAAGAACCCGCGGGACCUGAUCAUGGCGCCCAACUCGUACGAGGUGCUCUGCGUGCCGAGGGACGAGGCCAGGCUGAGGGGCGUCCUGGCUGAGGGUGGGGCGGAGGGUGGGGAGAAGGUCUGA